GCAUCCCUGCCUGCCUAAAUUGUUGGCUCCACAUCUUAUAACCAGAGAAGUCGGGAUGGCGGGAAUUUCGACCGUGGCGCCGGCACCACCUCCUCGGCCAUCCCCAUUCCGCCAUCUCACGCGAUGUCGCGGCCGAUUCCGGUUCUCCGCCGGCUCUCGCGAUGGAGACGGGACUUCGCCGCUACUGAAGAUAGCGGUGGGCGGCGUUACGGAGCUUCUGAGGGUUUUCUCUCCCAAGAAGCCGAGAGAUAGUCUCCGACAGAAUCUAGAAGAAGAGCAGUUGCCCCGCAAUGUAGAGGAUGUAAUAGGAAUUCUUGAAAUUGACUUCCAGCGUGCUUAUUUUCUCACAGCCGCCGGCGGCAGUGACGUCGCGGAGCUUGUCGGAGUUGCGGCCGACGAGGAUGAGGCUGAGGCUUGCAACAACAAGGCGGAGGGCGAAGGUGCGGCCGAUUCAAAGAAAGAUGAGGAAAAGGAAAAGGAAAUAGGGGGAGAAAAGGAGGAGGACAAGGAGGAUACGAAGAAGAAGCAGAAGAAAAAGCAGAAGAGGAAGUGGAAGAAGAUGAAGAAGAAGAGGAAGAAAAAGAAGGGAAAUUUCACUGCAGACAUAUAUGCUGAAGAUUGCUUGUUUGAAGAUCCCACUAUAAGAUUUCGUGGUAGAGAUCUGUACUCGCGAAAUCUGGACUUGCUUGUACCUUUCUUUGAUUGUCCAUCUCUUGAACUAGAGGCGAUUGAGAAGGCGAUUAAGAAGGGUAGCAACUAUGAAAUAAACUUCAUUUUAGCAACAUGGAAACUCAGGACAUAUUUAAAAUUUCCUUGGAGACCGCUCAUUGCCAUUGGAGGACAAACCACAUAUGAUUUAGGCAAAGAUUUCAAAAUCAUUAGGCAUGCUGAGAGUUGGAAUAUUUCUGCGCUCGAGGCAAUUGGUCAGAUAUUUACAUUGGCUUCUAGAGAUAUUGAUAGCUAAAAGCUUCUGGUAAGUCAAAUCAGGAAGCAAAGUUCACAUCCGAGCAAAAUAGUCACCAUGAUAUCUAUUACACGGUCCUAUUGAUUAUCAUGUUAUCUUAAGAUACAUUGUCAUCAUCUUUACAUUCUCAAUGUGUCCUUUUAGUGCUAAGAUUAUACAGAUGAACAAGCACUUAUUUCGCUGCAGAACUCUUAAGUAUUGUAUUGAGAUUCAAAAAAAAAAUCUUUUUUGCAUCA